CCGACCCUCGGCGGGGCUGCCACCACAGCCACCACAGCCACCGCAGCCACCGCAGGUCCGCAGCCUCCAGACUGCACCCAGGAGCGAAAGAGCGACAUGGCGGCGAAGGCCAAGCCCGAGAACCUGUCCCUGGUGGUGCACGGCCCCGGGGACCUGCGCCUGGAGAACUAUCCUAUCCCUGAACCAGGCCCAAAUGAAGUACUACUGAAGAUGCAUUCUGUUGGAAUCUGCGGCUCCGAUGUCCACUACUGGCAGCAUGGUCGAAUUGGGAAUUUUAUUGUGAAAAAGCCCAUGGUGCUGGGGCAUGAAGCUUCGGGAACAGUCGAAAAAGUGGGAUCAUUGGUAAAGCACCUCAAACCAGGUGAUCGCGUUGCCAUUGAGCCUGGGGCUCCCCGAGAAACCGAUGAAUUCUGCAAGAUUGGCCGGUACAAUCUGUCGCCAUCCAUCUUCUUCUGCGCUACACCCCCCGAUGACGGGAACCUCUGCCGGUUCUACAAGCACAAUGCAGACUUCUGCUACAAGCUUCCUGACAAUGUCACCUUUGAGGAGGGGGCCCUGAUCGAGCCACUCUCUGUGGGGAUCCAUGCCUGCAGGCGAGGUGGAGUCACCCUGGGGAAUAAGGUCCUUGUGUGCGGAGCUGGGCCAAUAGGGCUGGUCAGUGUGCUUGUGGCCAAAACAAUGGGAGCAGCUCAAGUUGUAGUGACUGAUCUGUCUGUUUCUCGGUUGUCCAAAGCCAAGGAAAUCGGGGCUGAUUUAGUCCUCCAGGUCUCCAAGGAGAACCCUCAGGACAUCGCCAGUAAAGUGGAAGGUCUGCUGGGGCGCAAGCCGGAAGUCACCAUUGAGUGCACCGGGGCGGAAGCCUCCAUCCAGGCGGGCAUCUACGCCACUCAUUCUGGUGGGACCCUGGUGCUUGUGGGGAUGGGCUCUGAGAUGGCCACUGUACCCCUUUUGCACGCAGCCAUCCGGGAGGUGGAUAUCAGGGGCGUGUUCCGAUACUGCAACACGUGGCCAAUGGCAAUUUCGAUGCUGGCAUCUAAGUCUGUGGAUGUAAAGCCCUUAGUCACCCAUAGGUUUCCACUGGAGAAAGCUCUGGAGGCUUUUGAAACAUCCAAAAAGGGGGUGGGGUUGAAAGUCAUGCUCAAGUGUGACCCCGAUGACCAGAAUCCCUGAUGUUAAUUGGACUCGCCCUCAUCCCCCCUCUCAGCACCUCAGGGCUAACAGGCUGGGUGGGGGAUGGGUGUGGGUUUUGUUGCGGGGUAAGUUUCUUUUGAAUGGUGAGAAUAAUUAAAAUAAUUCCUUAUAAACAGAGAGCCUUACUCAGAGGAGUUAGUUUUCCUUAAAGUCACAAGUAGGGAUAGUUUUGGGGAACUUGUAGCCUGAAUGACCUGUUCAUGCGGAGGAAAGGUCAGCAAGCAGAGCAGGAUCUGGCAGGCAGGUGCUGGGAAAGGCCCUUGUUCCUGGAGUGCCUUCCUCAGUAAAGGGAGGAAUCGGGCUCUUGGGUUCCUGGUUCCACCACGACCAGCCAAGAGGCACGUGGAGGCUGAGUUAUGAAGAGACAACUUUGUCAAGACUUAACAGGCCCAGAAACUGAUUUUCAUAAAAAUCUGCCACUCAGUGUCUGGGAUGAGGGAUUGUCAGCAGUUUUAGCUUAGAGCGCAAUGUUUCUAGAGGUUAGUGCUGUUUGGUUUGAUGAUAAAAGGAGAAUAAGAAAAGGGACUAACUUUCCUGGGUCCAGGAUAAUUUUAAAAACAAUGAAAUGAAUAAAACCAAAAUUUCAUGUGAGAUCAAACCAGCUUACAUUCCCCAAAUUUGGAAAUAAUGAGCGGACUCCUCAACACUUCUUAAAGAUUGCCUGCUCUUCAGCUGCUGAGAAUUGUUAUUUCAUUUGCCAGGUGAAGAGCCACCUGCCCACCCAACACCCCCACCCCUACCCUUAGGCACCUUCCCUUGUCACUAGGCAGCCAGGAAUCUCCCAGCGGAGGACAUUUAUGGGAAGACCUUAAAUAGUGCCUCUGACUAGCCCAGGAGGGUUUGGUCAGCUCACAAACUUCCCCACCGCACAGGAUUAGGAUUAGCAUCCGCUCGUAGGCUCACACUCUGAUUAUUAGACAGUUCCAUUUAAUUCUGGUUAUUAUAAACAGAACAUCUUUCCCCCUCUCGUAGCCAGUUAAGGCUCUCAGUAUCUUUCUGUUGGAAUGAUAUCUCUGAACUUGUCUUAUUUUAAUUGUUGGGUUUUUCUAUGUAAAAUUUGGAUCCAAAUUACAUCAUGCCCACUUGUCACUUUGAGAUUGUUAAUGAAGAAUGAGGAUAUAACAGCUGUGACAUAACUUGGGCUGUGGCCUUUAAUCCCUCACUUCAGCUGCGGGUGGAGGGUGAGUUUAAAGAGGUUCUGGUUUUCUUGUAACUGGAUAAGACCUGUGCCUGGAAUUUCUCAAACAGCUUUGGGUAAUAAAUUCUGUCGGUGGUGUCUGA